UCACAAAAACAAGUGGUACAACUACAAGACGAUGGACGACAAAAACACAACAAAUCAUCCAUAAUGUGCUCAGUGUUCCGUGAUUUGGGGAAUUCAUGUAUCGUAUUUCUGGAAAAUAACUUUUGUGAAUGAAUGUAAUAGUUAUCUUUAAGAUAUCUAAAUAUGAAGGAGUUUUGGCAACUGCAUUUCAAAAUGGCGGCAAGUUUUUGGGGAUAGUUUACAGUCAAUCAAAUCAUCUUAGCAUUUAGCGUCUUUGUAGAGAUAACUAGGCUGUUAGAGAUGGGCACAGGAAGCUCAAUGGUAGCUAAUGAAGAGUCGGAUGAGGAUCUGCAAGACGAAGAAGCAGAUGAACUGGGAGUUAUGACCAACAUUCCUGUAGAAUGCCCACCGCACCGCAAACCCACGAACAACCUGAUACGUUCAGUUGGCUCGUUUGGGAGAAAGAAAACGACUAAAAGCAAAAGAAAUGUUAUUACUAAAAGCACAAGCCUUCGGUCUGCACUUUCGCUCGACUUUGAAACUGAAAAUGACAAGUUGAGAAAUGAAUUAGAAGCGUGUCGCUCAUUGAGACAAACCGAGGUCAAAGAACUACUUAUAGCAAAGCAAAAACUUCAAAGUGAAAAUAGAAGGCUAAAAAGCGAACUUAAAGUGGUUCACUCGACAUGUACAAAGCUAGUGAAUGAUAGAGAAAUGGCUUUAGAAGCCAAAGAACAGGCACUUCAAAGAGCAUUUGCAUUUGAAAAAGAAAGGGACAAAGUUCAGCGUCAAUUCAAAAUUUUCAGGGAAGCAAAAGAGAAAGAAAUCCAGGAAUAUUUGCAAACCCAACAUGAAUUACAAGAAAGGAUUCAAUACCUUCAAAGUCAUUAUGGAAUAGACACUAGUCGUAAUGGAGAAGAAGUAGUUGGAGAAGGAAACAAAUUUAGAAAUGAUUGGUGGACAAUGUCUCUUGGUAGUGAUCAUAGUCUAGAUGAACUAACACAAGCUAGUGUAGUACAAGGACCUGACUAUAGCCAAGCUAUAAUGGAAAGCAAUGGCGUAUUCACUACUGUUAGCAGAGAUGAUUGGAAUGCUACAUUGCAGCAGCCAUUGUCUCCUACAUCAAAGAACUCUGUUGACACACCUAUCAUUAGAAUAUACUUAUCUGCACCACAGGACAUGAAUGAUGAAGUCCAAAUAUUGCAUGAGGUAUAUUUAAAGAAGUUGGAGUGUCUUUGUGAAGAUAAUGGCCGCUCUUUAGUUCUUGUACAUGUGAAAGAUGACUUUAAUAGUGACAUUGAUGUGAAUGUUAUGGAUGAGAUUUGUCGAACACAGAUCAACCAAAGCAAUGUGUUUGUGGCUUUUUUAGGUCAAAGCUCAAAUAGGUUUACUGUCAAUGAAUAUCAUCAUGGUCAUCUGGACAGUCCUGGCAAAAGAUUUGCAUUGUUUUGCUUUACAAACUCCAGGAAAUCUGAGAACAAAGAAGAGACAAUUGAAAAAUUAAAGAAUUGCAUUAGAAAAUCCUCAAAUCGAAAGAUAUUUGAUGAUUAUAGUACUCCAGAAGAAGGGGUGCAUUUUGCAUAUACAGAAUUAAAAGGAUAUUUGAAAAAGACACUAGAGAGCAGUGUUUCAGACAGCAGUAGUACCCAAUCUGCCAUUUCUGAUGAAUGGAUAGACACUCCUGGAUUAGAUGCUAUGAUUGAUGAACAAGAACAGUUUGAAGCCCUAACAUCUGCUGCUGAUUGCCGCUGUGAAGUUGACUUCACCAAGUAUUUUAGUGAUUUGAAUGUACAUUUAUCGAGUACUGGACUACUGCUUCCUUUGUUAGUCAUGGGUGAAGAUGGAUCAGGGAAAUCACUACUGGUGGCUAAAUGGAUUAACCUUCAACAAGCCACUAUGCCUGGACGUCUUAUUCUCUACCAUUUUGUUGGUACCACAUCAUCUUCAUCUGCAUGUCCUAUCCUUAUGCUAAGAAGGUUUACAAUCCAGCUAUUGAAGUACAUGAGGUCUACAUCAACUCUACCCUGUGAUCCUGUCAACUUGGAAGAAGAAUUUCUGCGAUGUUUAGAGAAAGUAUCAGCCAAAAUCUAUGGUGGUGUUACCAUAGUGAUUGACUCAGCUGACAGAUUACAGGAUGUAAGGAAUCACAUGCAGUGGCUACUGGAUCCUCUUCCUGUUGGCACCAGGGUGAUUUUAUCUGUCAGCACUAACACUUGUGCUAAUGCUUGGAAACUAUGGCCUACAUUGAACUUAGAGCCUUUGAGUAAAGACAACCAGAGAAAAAUGGUGUCUUCCUUGUGCAGUGAAUCUAUACAGGAUCAGAUCAAUAAAGCUAUCACAGAAUGUUCCAAUAAAGCUAUUUCUAAUCCAAGAUUUCUAAGUCUAGUUGUUGCAGAGAUAAACAGCAAACGCAAUGCAGAUAAUAUUGAUGAAAUACUAUCUGAGUGUCUAUCAAAGAAGGAUAAUGUAGAAUUGCUGGGUUAUAUAAUACAACAGCAAACCUCACAGACUUUGGCUACCUCUCUUAAAUUAGUUCUUCAAUACAUUGCCUUAUCAAGAAAUGGGCUGACAGAACCAGAACUUCUUAGUUUACUUCCACUGGAGUGGGCAGAAUGGUUGUAUAUCUACUUAUUGCUACACAAUACACACAUCCUGUCUACCAGGGUAGGGCAGGUUAUGUUUGCUAGUCAACAGGUUCACAGUGCUGUGUGUUUGUUGUUCAACCUCAAUGACGACUCAGCAGAAACUCAGCUUGCACAACAAAGACUUGUUGCAUUUUAUCAUGACAAAAUUAAAAACUGCCUGGUAACACGGCGGCUGAUUGACGAGAUGCCAUGGCUUCUUUGUAAAACAAGACAGAAACAAGCACUGAAAGAAUGUCUGUUGGACCUUAAUGUAUUUAGUUGCUUCUUUGAAAGAGGCAGAAUCUCUGAGCUGGUGCAGUACUGGAAAUAUGUUGGAGAAGAACAAUCUAACAUUGGUCAACUGUACCUUGAAGUCAUCAAAAAUAUGAAUGGAGCAAAUGAAGAGCCAUCUGCAGGUAUGGCUGACAUCCUUGAAGCAGUUGGGCUUUUCUUGAAGUCAUUGGGUUUGUUAAGUCAGGCUGCACCUCCACAACACAAAGCACUAGAAAUAAGAGAGAGUACCCUGGACCCUGAUCAUCCACUUGUUGCCCAGUCCCUUCAUCAUCUGGCCGAGCUGUAUGCUCAUUGGGGGAACUUCAGUGCUGCAGAGGCAUUUUACAAGCAAGCAAUUGAAAUCAUACAAAAUGUGUUUGGAGCUGAACAUCAAGCACUCAUCAAGGAUCUUGAAGGUCUGUCUAUUUUAUACAAGAAAAAUGAAAAGUAUAAUUUAGCAGAGGCUCAUCAUAAACGAGCUAAUGUCAUUAGGCGGAAGAGCGCAGCCAUGACAGAAAAUCAAAAUAUGAAAAAGAAAAUCCUCCAACUUGAAGAAGUUGCUGUAGGAACUGCUAGUAGUGAAGUUGCCAAAGCAAUGAAUGAGUUGGGAGUGCUGCUUUAUCUACAGAACAAUCAUGACUCAGCAGAGUCAUUUCUUCAACGUUCACUUGACAUGCGCGAGGAGGUAUUAGGUAAAGACCAUCCUGAUGUUGCCCAGUCCCUACACAACUUAGCAGCUCUUUACAAUGAUCAAAAAAUGUGUGAUAAAGCAGAACCAUUAUACAAAAGAGCCCUUGAAAUAAGAAUGAAGACUCUUCCUCAUCAUAAUGCCAGUCUUGCUUCGACAGUAAAGCAUUUGGCAGUGCUGUUUAGAAAGCAGGGUAAAUACGCCGAGGCUGAGCCGCUGUACAGACGAGCGUUGGAAGCCCGUAUUAGUGUGUUAGGUGAGAAUCAUCCGAGUGUUGGCACUGCACUGAAUAACUUGGCUGUUGUACUCUGUCUUCAGGGAAAGCAGUCAGAAGCCUUGCCAUUGUACGAACGUGCAUUAAAAAUCUACGAACAAUCGCUUGGUGCACACCAUCCACGAGUUGCAGAAGCGAUGAUUAACCUUGCUAAACUGUACUUCGAUCAGGGCCAGCAUGAGACUGCAGUCCAGCUUUAUAAGCAAGCAAGUGAAAUACAGAGUCAUGAACAGUCCAGUCAAUCACGACUGAGUAUUCGAAUGGGAUCAGGAGACGUUCACAGUAGUGCCUCGAAACGGUCACCAUCUGUUACUUCACCAGAUAGUUUAUAAUACCUACCGUACCCCACCCUCGUGACUGGCACCCACCCUCAUAACUGGUCGAGAACACGAGAAUUGUUCGAUCGAUCACGAGAAUUGUUCGAUCGACCACAAGAAUUGUUCGAUCGAUCACGAGAAUUGUUCGAUCGACCACGAGAAUUGUUCGAUCGAUCACGAGAAUUGUUCGAUCGAUCACGAGAAUUGUUCGAUCGAC